AUGGUUUAUGACUCGUCGUUCCUGCUGACUGUGAAGGAUCGCGUAACAGAAAAACUUAAGACUCUUGGUGCAUUCAUCGAUGAUGAACUUCCGGAUUAUAUUAUGGUUAUGGUUGCGAACAAAAAAAGUGAAAGCGCUAUGGCUAAAGACUUACAGUUGUUCCUGGGUGAACAUACCAAUAAGUUUACUGAAUGGCUCCACCAAACGCUUGAAAACUUAAAAGUUAUAGGUCGUGACUCUAGUGGUGGACGUAGAGAUAAUGAAAAUGUGCGGUCUUCACGAUCAAAGUCUGGGCGACGGAAGGGUCGUAAAUCACGUUCGUCUGAAUCUCGCAGUGAUUCUCCCAAGUUCUCGAACCGUUCUAGAUCGAGGUCGCCUUUAGAACCAGUUAAACAUGGUAGAUAUGCUAAUAGUUCCCGCGAACCGCAUGCGGAAGUGGAUGGCAGUGUAAAGGCAGCAGCAGAUGUAUAUAUUUCCGAGGAUAAUGGGUCUUGUCAUAUUAAAGAAGAGCGCAAAAUCAUGUCCACUUCCUCCUUAUCACGAAAGUUAGUUCAAGAAAGUGAGAAUAAUUCAGAACUAUCGGAUAAAGUUAGCAGCUUGCAAUCAGUUGUUGAGGUGAAAAACUCAGAUAGUGUUAAGCAUGUGAGAACAAAACAAGAGUAUCCUCAACCAUCAAGUUUGCUGCUUAAAAGAGCUGUGAAUGAAGCUAAAGCCAGCACAAUGGCAACUGAAUCUAGUUUGCACACUCCAGCAAAACGAAAACCGAUCGCUCGACCAAUAGCUUGUUCUGAUGUGUCGUCGUCUUCACAGCCUGAUUCUACAAGGUUUUUCAUUACGUUAUCUGGUGCCGAACCUAAAUCCACACAAAUGAUUACUUCUCCUAAACUUCGUAAUUCUUCAACAGUUGGUCGCUUGCGUUCUGUUGGGUACUUCGAUCAGACAGAUGUACUGAAUGACAGAAAACUUCGACUGGGUCCACGCUUAGUAAAUACUAAAUCAUUACACGGGGAAGGGAAUGAAUUUGACGAUUUUGUUGAAGGUGACUACGUAGAAUUAGCAUGUGACGAUGCAUUCGGAAAUGAUGGAAUCGGUGAUGAAAACCUACAACUCAAAGGAAACUAUGUACCCUUGUCAAAAAUAACCCUAGCAGAUAAAUUAAGUCAACCAACACCACAAUUAGUGGUGAAUUUGAAUGAAACAGAUGAAGAAGAAGAUGUUACUGGUUUUUUGGCUGGAGCUGAAAGACAGAAGAAAAACACCUCAAUCAAACAUAAAGAAAAGAUACAAAAUGAUAUUACCACAGAAUCGGAAGCUCAACCAAAUAUUCCAAGCUCAUUGGAGCGUUGUAAAUUCUGGCCUAAUUGUCGCAAUGGUAGUUCCUGUCAGUACAUUCAUCCCACAGAACCAUGCCAGUUGUUUCCACGAUGUAAAUUUGGAGCAACAUGUACAUUUGUCCAUCCACCAUGUCGUUAUGGAGCAUUAUGUAGUCGCCCUGACUGUGCUUUCACACAUUCAUCGAAAAAAGUAUUGCCUGUCGUAUCUGCCAACCCAGCUCAAAUAGUAUGCCGUUUUCAAAACAGAUGUACAAAUCCCCAUUGUCAAUUUUAUCAUCCACCUGUUGUUGUUCAAGCCCCUCCAAUCAUUGUUCGAAGUUCAGCUUCAACUGUCCCUGUUUUCAAUAGCCAAAUCCCAUGUCGAUAUGGUUCUGGUUGUACUAAUCGUACUAAAUGUCCUUUCCUUCAUUCUGAUUUACCCUCAGUUGAUCAACUUAAAUGGAUUGCACCUUCCAAGAAACAACAAUCAUCCAAUCCGAUUUCCACGAAAGCAAACUCUACAGAGAAAGUAGUUAAGUCUGUAACCACACUUAAAGAAUAA